AAUAAAUACCUAAAUAAUCCAUUAUCUUCACCACCCAACUUCCUCCUAACCUCUACCCGUUUUCUAAAGGGAACUGAAAUUUUAAAUGGGAGAUCUAACAACCAGAGUGUACACAGGAGCUAAAAGAUCAUAUUGGCGGAGGCGAGGCUACCGCCGCCUCGCCACCGAUGAAUCCCAAUCAAGGUGGUCGUGGGUAAGGAUGCCACGUAGGUUGAAGAUAAAGCUGAGGUGUAACCCCAAGAAGCUGGUUGCUAGAGUUCAUGAUGCUUAUGUGAAGAUGACGAUGAAGCUGGCGAAUUCGCAAGUGGUACGAGGAGGCGCAAUAGCUGGAUAUGGUGCCGGAGGAGGGAUCUAUGAGUUUGGGAUGAGGCCCAUCAAGGAAUACGAUGCGAAGAUGAUAAUUCAGAUGUAUAAAUCGUUGUCGGUUAGGCCGGAGCAACCGGUGGCACUCGAGGUUGAUUGUGCCGAUCCAGAUAACCUGUUUGCAGUAACUCGGUGAUCAUACACUUGUAACAUUAGUGCUACUGCAUUAGUUAUAUAGCUAAGGAUCUCAAACAUGAAUAAAACACUCAUACAAAUGUAACAUUAGUUGUACUGUAUUAGUUAUAUUAUGUAAUUAAGAAUCUUAAUUCUUAAACAUGAAUUAAACACUCUUUCUUUUUUCA